AUGGCCACAGAACAAAAGGUCGUGUUUCCUCCGUCCGUCUUGGCGAGAAUUUCGCCUGAGCUUACUCUCCAGCGCCAUUUGUCCGAAGGCGUUAGGCCCUGCUUACGUGACUUCACUGAGUUUCGUGAUGUCGUCGCUUCUAAAGGUAACUUGGGAGCUGUGGGCACCGAUGCCGUGGUGGGCUCGUCUGUGGUGAAGCACGGCGACUGUCACGUUUUCUGUGGAAUCACAUUGGGUAUCAGUGAGGUGAACAGACCAGACGAGUUUGCUGCUGCCGAAUCGGAGAGUUCCAAGUACACUUCGGUGUAUCCAGUGGUGGAGGUUGCCAGAGGCAGACAGGGUGCUCCUAGCGACGAAGAACAGAUACUUUCACAGAAAUUGUACAACUACAUUUACCACCUGCGCCUUCUUCCGUACUCGUCGUUGGAGAUCACUCCAGGUUACGAGCUUAAAGACGAGGCUUCUGGAGAAGUGUCCAUUAUUUACCCUGAUGAUAAGUCUUUGAGUGAAGAUGAACUCCUUACAUUGUCUACGACAGUUAACGUGAGCAAGAAACAGCAUAGGUUCGCUCUUUACGCACACAUCAAGGUUUUCUCCAGAGAAGGCCCACUUUUCGAUGUUGUCAGCCAUGCUCUAAUAAGCGCUUUACAAGAUGUUAAGCUUCCACGCAUCUACUUGGCUGAUUCUGGUGUGAAUGCUAAUGUCAGAGUGCCAGUGAGAUCUAGAGGCAACUUUGGCCAUUUGAACCAGCUGGCGAACCUUUUCUGCAUUGACGCUAAUAAGGAUAUUGCUUCACCUUUGGAGUUGAAUAAGUCAGAAGUGGGUGUAUCUUCUAGUUUUGGCUUGGUUGAAAUUGACGAUGCCGCAGGACAGAUUGCACUCUUGGCUGAUCUUGAAGGUGAAGCAGAGGAGGCAUGCUGUGAAAGUAAAGUAAACAUUGUGGCAUCCAAGGAUAACCUUAAACAUGUCAGCAUAGCAGGCGGUGGUGCCAAUGUUAGUUUGGACUCAUUGCGUAAAGCAAUUAGUUUGGCUAAGGAAAGAGCAGAGAAAACUAAUUAA